AUGGGACGACUGCAGCAAAGCGACUUCGUCGCCGAGCAAAUUCAAGAUAUUGCACGUCAUGCCAUUACUCAGUGUCUAUCAAGUGUGACCUACAAGAGAGAAAAGGUCAGCUCAUGGUGCGCUCAAAUUUCAGACGCCUGCCUCAAAGAGCUUGCCAAGCUUAACAAGGCGUUCAAAUAUAUUGUCACGUGCGUCAUCAUGCAAAAGACUGGCGCAGGCCUGUAUACGGCCGCCAGUACUUGCUGGGAUGUGAAGACCGACGGUCUUUGUAGCUUGCAAGUCUCGACGGAUAGCAUGGACUGCAUCAUCACUAUUUAUACACUGCAGAUAUGA